AUGGCAGAAAUAGGGCGUAUCGGCGACGCUGCAAUGACACCUGGCCACGAGGACUCGUCGAACAGCCUGAAUGGUGCGGUUUCCAGCACCAAAUCCCUUGCUGGCAUGGACACAAUUGUUCUCCAGACAGAUUUCAUGUCGAGCGGACGAAGCAAUCCUAUUCAGGGUCUUCUCGCCACGCAAAUGCUAGGGUCAGAGUCAGGCAACACCAGGCAGGGCCUCCCACUGCUCAGGGGCGUACUGCGAUCAGAACGUUCUUGUAUAUCCGACCAAGGUCUUCUAGACAACUCUGGUGAGGUGGGCCCAUCGUUAACAAUUUCGAGCCCUGGACCUGAACGUCGCGGUAUUCCCCUGGUAUUCGGGCACAAGAGAAAGAAUGGUCGGCCCCCUCAGGAUCCGGUCAGCUCAGUUGCACCUAUGGGCCGCAACUAUAUGCGUCACGAAUUGAGCCCCAACAGCGAUAGCUCUCUGGACCCAUGGAGCAUAGCACAUGGUCUGGAGCGCUUUCAAGAGCAGCUUCUGCCUGUUGGGUAUCACCCAGCUGACGAGGUGUAUGACGCUGACGAAGAGGACGUAAGUGACUGUCAAGGGAAGAGCAAAGAGCGGCAUUGUCCUCCGCGCCCGACCAAAUCUCUGUUCCUCUGUAAACCCGCUGAGUUGAGCUUGGUGCAAGACGAAUCCGAAGGGUGUGUCAAUGUUGAUCCAAAGGAGACACACAACGGCAAGGCCGGUGAAUCGUAG